AUGGGAAUUAGAGGUGUAUGGAAGAUGCUUAAAGGGGAAGAAGUCUUGCAUUCGGCUGUUGCUGAGCAGUCUUUGUGUGUUGAUGCGAAUUUCGUUCUUUUUGGGUGUUUGCAUAGUACUGAUGUGAAGCGUAUUUCAGAGUAUACUCUUAAACGGGUUGGAGUAUUAUUACAACUGGGUAUUGAUCCAAUUUUCGUCUUUGAUGGGCAGCGGCCUAUGUUCAAACGGCCUCGUGAGAUAAGAUCGUUGCCAAGAAAAAGAAGUAACCAGGCCGAGCUAGAAGUAGAAAGGGAUCGUUUAACUACUGACACACUUGAAUCUUCAGAAACUAGUCCAAGCCAAGAGAUGAUGCUAAUCUGGCCGACGCCAUUUAUAGGCAUGCUCUUUCCAGAAUCGGAGCACCCGCCCAACUAUGCCGAAAUGGAGCUAGAGGAGUUUUCUAACUACCAAAUAGAUAAGAUUGCGCAGAGACACAAGCAUAUACGACAAAUGACACAGCAACGAAUGCACGGAGAAAGCAAUCUAACGUACAAAUUGCAGCAACGAAUAGUCCAUCGACAAGUGCCUGAAAGAAGUAAGCGGGGACGAAAUGACUACCACCAAACAGUGGCUGAACUAGACAAACUAAAGGAACUGGUUGGUUUUGACUUAGAAGGAGUUGAAGCCGAUCGGAUUUGCUCUAGUAAGACUAAAGCCCACCCUGAAGAGACGCGGGCAUUUGCUGAGUUUAAGCGCACGAACAACCCUAGCACAGUCUUAAGUGUGCCGGCACAGUUUGAGAAGAGCGAAUGGCAGCGAGAAAUGGAGACCUACGAUAUUACAAAGAAGGACAUCUUUUUAGCUGGUGACUCGGUGGCCAAGCAAGCUAUGCCGUUUGGGUACCGCGUAGUAACAGAUAUUUUGGACUUGUUGGGAAUCAAGUAUGCUAUUUCACCAGCUGAAGCUGAUCCGGUUUAUAGCGGCUUAGAAGAAGCCUUUGGAACAGAGGGCGUGAUUACAGAUGAUAGUGAUGUUUUGUUGUUUAGUGCACAGCCGGUUCUAAGGCACUUUUUCAAGCGCGAAGAGAGUCUCAAGCUCUAUAAGACAAGCAACCGGCCUUUGGAGUAUAGCUGGAUUGAGUUAGUACUGCUGGCUUGGUUGCUUGGCUCGGACUAUUCGCCGGGCAUUAAUGGUAUUGGCCCGAAAAAGGCAGCCAGACUAGUGCAGUUAUAUCGAGAAGAGAUAAAGAAAAGAGAUUUGUUAGAAGGCCUACCUAUGCCGGCUAACGAGAUUGAUAGUGAGAUAAUUUGUCGUUUAUUUCAACAAGAACACCCAGAAGUUUCCAUUCAACAGCAUCUGCUGUCUCUUUCUCAAACUCGGCAAAUCUACACAGAAGUACAUUUCAAAGUCAAAGUCGAAAAUGCCAAACCAAAACAAGUAAUAAUCCCAGAUCUAAUCAACCUACUAAACCGCCAAACGCACUGGGCCCAAACGGACAAUGAUAUCUUCCUGCGCAUCAUUGAUAAGAUCAACAAGCAGCGACUUAACCAAGAGCAAACAACAGCCCAUCCAAACUGA